UUAGUCGCUUAAUUUGAAUAAAUGUAUUCACAGUCGUAUUCGAAGAAAUAUUUGUUAAAUUUUAAUACAAUUUUUUCUCAGUGUAUGCGUACGCACGUACACGCGACUCCCAAAAUCCUAAAAGCACUGCCGAUCUCUGUCGUGAUAAUCAAAACGAUCGAGGAGCCAGGCAGCAUCCUCGCGGGACUCGCGUAUCUCUUCCGGAAGAAGGACUCGCGGCGCUCCUCGCGAUCGGGUCUCGACAGCCUGCCCUGCUCCUCCCCCCACCGAUCCACACCGGUCGCCUGAGGAUCCGCAUUGUUGAGCCCGAUUGAUGUUUCAUCGCGGUUCCGCGAAUUCGGAAUUAACGAGAGAUGUUGAAGCUAAAGUACGAAAGAGCGCGGGCGUUAUCGAGGGGGACGAUUCUCGAGCCUCCGCGUAUCCUUCGAUCACGCGAUAUUACGGCAGUAUUGUUACCGUAUUAGUGUGUAACGCAGUCACUCGUUACGCCGUCAUGUAACACAAUCGCGAUCUCGUUCGUGUCACCAGCAUCUCUCGUUGAUACCAGCUGGACGAAGACGGCGCGACACGACAAAGCGCGACGGACUCGAUCGAGCAAGUCGUCGCGGACGAGACGGGAGUUUAUAGCGUUAACGUUGUCGAUGGCUGAUUUUCCAAAAUUUACGAAGCGUUAUGAGGAAUUACGCGAGUUUGCUCUUAUAAGGAGAAAGAAAGAGCGAGAGAGAGAGAGAGAGAGAGAGAGAGAGAGAGAGAGAGAGAGAGAGAGAGAGAGUGUGUGCGCGCGUGCGUGAGCGAGCGAGAGAGAAAUAGAGAGGAGUGAUUAUACCGUAUGUAAGGAUUAUUCGUAAGUGAUCUCAGCGAGAAGAGCGACGGCCGUAACAACGUUCCGGGAUGCGUCGUCGCGAGAGGAUCCUCGAGAGGACAUUUUUGUAUUACACGAGCAAGCGAGCGAGAGGGAACACACCGAGGCGCAUUUUGCGAUUUUGCGUUUCCUCUCGACAGGGAAGAGAACGUCCCGUAAAUUGCGCCAGCGAGAGAGCACGAGAGAGGGAGAGAGAGAGAGAGAGAGAGAGAGAGAGAGAGAGAGAGAGAGAGAGAGGAGAGAGAGAGAGAGAGAGAGAGAGAGAGACGUGAACGAGACCAUCAAGCUCAGUCGAAGGGAAAAGAGACGAGAUGUAGAUACUUAACCGGCAAACAGGCGUGAUGAGAUUUUUUUGAGCGCGACGAGACGAACAAGAGGAGAGAGAGAGAGAAAGAGAGAGAGAGAGAGAGAGAGAAUACAUUGAGGCGGCGAAGGAAAGGGGGCAAUUUGUAAUGUCGGUGCGGUGCGCGUCGGACUAACCAUUAUUAAUCGCGUAUACUUUACUGCAAAUAUAUGAAUUAUUAAUGGGGCAAGUCGUGAAUAAAGAGAGGCAAAUAUACGGUGCAAAAUGGAGCUCUGGACGGCUGCUGGUCAUUCCUCCGCAACUCGCAACCCGCAACUGGAUCCGGCUCAGGAUCCGCGGAGGACUCGCAGGUUUCGCGACAGUUCGGCGCGGCGUCGCGCGUCCUAGCAAGUGUCACCCACGCCCGCUUAUUUCUGAACGUUUGCGUAUUUCGCACGGGGUAUCGAUCAAAUACGGUAACCUCGACCGCCGAGGCUGUUCCCGACUAAGGGUUUGAUCCGAUACUCGGGGGUGGAAGGCACUUAGUCGAGUAUCCUCGGCGACGAGGGCGGCGCGAGGACUUUGUCGCGUCCGGGAAACAUGUCCGAGCGCCAGAGCGACUCGUACGACUCGAGACCGGUGACGUCCAAGAAGUCGGAGAGACCGCCGUUUAAGCUGUGCUUCUCCAGGGACCAGCAGAUCGGAAGAUCCAACGCCUGUGUGUCCAGGACGAACGCGGACUUCGUCACGCCGAAAUUCUACUCGAGAGAGCUCGAGGAAAUGCAGCGAAACACGGACGUUACCAGGACGGUCGAGAAAAUCACCGCAGCGGAAAACAAAGACCCAAGGGACGCGUACAGAUGGCCAUUGUUAACCAGCCACACGUAUGGCUGGUGGCACGACAGAGGCAUAUAUCCCAGGGACCCGCGUUUUAACUUUCAUAAAAAAACGUCGGACCUGGUAAGCUUUCAGAUGAAGAUUUACGCCGAGGACCGAAAGUUGAAGGGCCUUCAGCAGUGAACGAUAGCAGCUUCGACUGUGGAAUUUUUGUUCACCAUUGUGAAAUUGCUUGCACUUGUCAUGCGCACGCAAUAAGCGUCUUAUAUUUAGUCGCUCGAACAAUGAUAGUACAAUAAACCGUUGUUCUUCUCUCGAAAACAUGGAAGUAAUGCUUGACUCGUGACGUCGCUCGGCGAUGUCUCACAUCUUUGUUUUCUUGAUUCCGCGUUAAGAUAUACAGGGUAAAGGAAAAGUAUGGAAAUCCUUAAAA